UACUAAUGAGUCGUGACUGCAGACAGGCCGCCAGACGAGACAGCAGUCGCUCUUUGUUCCACUUCUAACGUCACGUCUCGGUGAUUGAUUUAAGUUUUGCUCUCUUUUUUUUUUUAUUAUUAACCACCGGAGGUUCUAUUUGUGGUGGUUAUGUGUGUUUGGUUGGCUGUGUUUGAACCGGCUUCUGCUGUUGUUUUCCUCCUGAGCGAUGUUUCUCAUCAGGAUACAGAAGUAGGCUUCACUUCUAAUUUCAUCCCUUGAUUUUCUCAAGAAAACCACGCAGAGCUUUGGACACCCAAAAGUUUGAUUUGCACCUUCAGUCUUUGCCGACCAUGGAAACCACUCAGGUGACUCUGGCUCUGAGAGGAGAAACAUCUCCAGGUGAGCUGAUUGCAGUCGUCGGCAGUUGUGAGGCCCUGGGAAGCUGGAUCUAUCAAAAAGCAAUCCCUUUACAUCCUCUUGGUGAUGAAGAACACACAUGGACUGUGACAGCCACUGUUCCCAGAGGCGUUGUUUCCAAGUAUCGCUACUUCAAAGGCUACUUUCUCGAGUCAAAGAGUGCAGGUGGUCCCUCUCAAGUGAUAGUCAAUAAGUGGGAGACCCAUCAUCAGCCCCGCACGAUGAGCCCCACAGCACACCUGGAUAUUGACGAUGGACAAUUUGGAAUUCACAAUGGGGUGCAUUUCGUUGACUCAGGGUGGCUCACAUGCCAGACUGAAAUUCGCCUGCGUUUGCACUAUAGCAAGAUGCCUCCGGUGUCCAUCACCAAGAAGAAGUUCAAGAAGUCUCGCUUCAGGAUCAAGCUCACAAUAGAGGGCAUUGAGGAGGAAGAGGAGGAUGAUGAGCUCAGUCCUACUUCGCUGCAUGAGACGACCACCACUUUGGAGAUCAGUGUGAUUAGUGCCAAUGGAUAUAAGUCACGUCACUCUCAGCCGGAGUGUGGUUACGCCCUGGAUCCCUCCCAGUGGACUGAGUACAGUAUCCACACCAUGGAACCUGACAACCUUGAGCUCACCUUUGAGUUCUUUGAGGAGGAUAUGAGUGAGCAUGUAGUUCAGGGGGACACCCAUCCAGGACAUGUGGGGGCCGCCAUCCUCCUCUCCUCCACAUUUUUAGAGAGUGGCAAAGACGGCGGAGUAGUUACACUUCCCAUAAUGGGACGAAAUGCAAGGCAGACGAUUGGGAAAGUAAGAGUGGAUUACCUGGUGAUCCGUCCAAUCCAAGGAGUCCAAUGUGACAUGAGCUCAUCCUUCACAAAGCACUGGAAGAAAAGAAGUACUCUGGAUGUGGGUCACAGAGGAGCGGGCAGCACAUGUGCAGCAAAACACCACAGAGUCCGAGAGAACACAAUAGCCUCAUUCAAAAGUGCUGCUAAGCAUGGUGCAGCCUUUGUAGAGUUUGAUGUUCACCUCUCCAAGGAUGCUGUGCCUAUCGUAUACCACGAUCUCACCUGCUGCAUAUCCACCAAGAAGAAGAAUGACAAGAACCUGGAGCUUAUUGAGGUCCCAGUCAAAGACCUGACAUACGACCAGCUGCAGCUUUUAAAGCUGGCCCAUGUCGCUGCAAUGAAAGGAAGCGAUCUCAAAGAUCUCCCGGAUGAAGAUGAUGAUGUCGAUGAACAUCAGCCAUUCCCGUCACUGUCCCAGAUUUUCCAAGCCGUUCCUGAACAUGUUGGGUUCAACAUUGAGCUCAAAUGGAUCAGCCAGAUGAAGGAUGGGUCAUGGGACGGAAACCUGUCGUCCUAUUUCAACAUGAACAAGUUCCUCGACAUCAUCCUGUCAUGUAUUCUGCAGAAAGGUGGACAAAGACGCAUUGUCUUCUCCUGUUUUGACCCGGAUAUCUGCACAAUGGUGCGUCAGAAGCAGAACAAGUACCCCAUCCUCUUCCUCACUCAGGGAAUUUCAGAAAAAUAUCCUGAACUGAUGGACAUCCGAUGCCAGACUACUCAAAUUGCUGUCAGCUUUGCCCAGAGUGAAAAUAUUCUGGGAAUCAGUGCCCACACCGAAGAGCUGUUGAAGCACCUUAACUACAUUGGGGAUGCCCAGUCCAAAGGCCUGGUGGUGUUCAGCUGGGGAGAUGACAACAAUGACCACGAAACCAGAAGGACGCUGAGAGAGCAAGGAAUCAAUGGGCUCAUUUACGAUAGUAUCUGUGAAGCCCAAGGAGAGCAGCCAAACAUCUUCCAGGUAGAGGGGAAACACUCCCUGCAGGAGGUGAUUACAGAGGAGACCAUGAAGAGCUCCACUUGCUCCUGCUACUCCAUUCCCUGCUCCAUGGCACCCUGCAUGUCCUACAAGCCUCGUGGUGGCAGCGCCGAGUCUGAUUCUGGACUCAGCUCUUCUUAAGUACCCCCAUGCCCCCACCCUGCAGCAUAUUUCAAUGUAGCAUGUUGCACACACAUUGAGAAUGGCCAAGAUUGGAUUCAAUGAAAAGCGUAUACUAGAAAACUAAACUUUUGACAAGAUUUAUUCUGUCCUUACCCUCCUUUAUGUGGUUACAGAAGGAGAACCAUUCAGACCAUAUCUAUUUCACUCAACUCAGUUGUGGAAAUGGGUCCAUAUUUAGCCAAAAAGUAUCAGUUGAGCCACUCAGGCUUGUAAAUUGAGUUACCUUCUUUUUUUUCUGCGGCCUGUUUACACAUCAGUCUAUCCUGAUGUUCUCAAACUGGGAAAUUAUACACAAAACUGCACAAUAGAUGUUUUACAGAUGUUAAAGUGUGACAUAACUGCAAAAUGUGACCAGCUCCUUCAUUGAAUAUCCUCCAGAUCGUACCCACAGUGGGAAAAACAAUGUUAAACAAACAGGAGAGUCACAAAUACAUGAGCCAUUUAAAAAUCAGUAAUGCUGGUUUAUCAUGAAACAUCCGUUUAAAUCGAGAUCUGUUCUCACAUUGUCACAGUAACAAAACAAAAUCAACACGGCCAAGCCAUUACUUUCUGCAAGAUGGGCACACUCCCUCAAUGUUUUAUUUUUUGUGUUCUUUUUUUAUAUGCACGCUUGUAGCUAUUAUAUUUUAAGUUACUUUCAUUGUCUUGAAUAACAAUGGGCAACAAUUUGACACAAUUUUUAGCAAAGCUAGAAACGCAGCAGAAAAUGUGCAGCUUGAGGACAGUGCAGGUCUAUAUUUGGUGGCUCCACCUUUAAAUGCCUUCAGACUUUAGUUUAUUGACUUGACUGAUUGUUAUUGCACAUCACACAUUGAUUACUGUGUAUUUUAUGUACUUAAGGUUUGCACAUACUUGAUUUUAGAAAAAACACAAAUGUUUUGCCUCAGUUCAUGUACAUACCAUAUCCUUAAGGGGGACGUUUUAUUUUCUGCUUCUGGCUCUUUGUAUUCAACAUCGUCACCUCUUUACUAGAUUUUCAGUAAAGCUGUCUGUACCACUGUUACCUCGUGUACAUUUAUUCAGCUUCACAACACCAAUAGUCUGGGACAAAAACAAAAUACACAUGAAUUCAAUUGUAAUAUGUUUUCUGUACAGUAUCUGUAUCAUCCUGCAAAACGAAUGAUUGUUGAAUCCAUGCUCUGUAAACCUGUAUGACUGAACUAUCAGACCCAAUGAACCAUGUUUAUAACUGCCUCUUGAAAUGUAAAUAAAGUUUGUGUGUACAUAUA